AUGCGAGCGGGCCCAAGCGAGUGGCCGCCUGAGGCCACCAGAAUGCGAGCCCGUGACUUGACAGCCGCCGGUGGAGCCCGCCGGGGCAAGUCGGUCCGAGAGGCGUUCCUCGUGUGUACCUCGAGAAGAGAAGGAGAGUCAAUCUCAGUGUGUCCUGCGUGGGAUCCUGUCUUGAUUUCGCCGGACUGUCACUUGAUCUGGAUUGUUUUCUUGAAUACAGUGAACAGUCCCCUCUCUAUCAACUGUCGCAAAGCUUUCCUACCCAGUAUGGGGUUCACCAAGGAAAAUGCCAUGAUUGGCAUCAUUGGCAUGGGUGACAUGGGCAAAAUUGUAGAGGCUGGAGUUAUUGACAAGGUAGUGGCAGAAUAUGGCCCAUCUACCAAGGUCGGCGCCAUCGUUGGCGGCCAAACGUCCUGCAAAGCUCCUGAGCUGUCCGCCUUCGACAAGCAUCUUCCCUCAGAUGUAGAAAUUGUAUCGUGCCAUUCGCUGCAUGGGCCCAAAGUCAACCCCAAGGGUCAACCUCUGGUCCUCAUCAAGCAUCGUGCGUCGGACGAGAGUCUCCGGUUCGUGGAGACCGUCCUGUCGUGUUUCGGAUCCGAAUAUGUCUACCUGACUGGUGAACUGCAUGAUCGCAUUACUGCGGACACCCAGGCGGUUACCCAUGCUGCCUUCCUUAGCAUGGGAACUGCAUGGCAAGCUAACAAGCAGUUUCCUUGGGAGAUUUCGCGUUGGGUAGGAGGUAUCGAGAACGUCAAGAUUAACAUCACCCUCCGCAUCUACGCAAACAAGUGGCACGUUUACGCCGGCCUGGCCAUUCUGAACCCGGCGGCUAAGACGCAAAUCCGCCAGUAUGCGGAAUCUGUGACAGAUCUUUACAAGCUUAUGAUUGAGGGCCGCCGAGACGAACUUAAGCGUCGAGUUAGAGAUGCCGGGGCAGCUGUUUUCAGAGCAGGCACCGAAGGCCAAGAUCUUUUGCUGAAGGAUGAGGUUUUGGACCGUUUCUCUCUCUCAAACCGGCCACGUGAAGAGACGCCUCCGAACAAUCACUUGAGUCUGUUGGCGAUUGUUGAUUGUUGGUCCAAGUUGGGCAUCGUCCCUUACGACCACAUGAUUUGCUCCACCCCUCUCUUCCGUUUGUGGCUGGGUGUUACAGAAUAUCUGUUCCGGAAUCCCGAACUCCUUGACAAUGCGAUCGAUACUGCCAUUGAUGACAAGACGUUCCGUUCCGAUGACUUGGAAUUCACCUUUGCGGCCAGGGCUUGGUCCGACUGCGUCUCAUUCGGUGAUUUCGAAUCCUACCGCGAUCGAUUCGAGCGUAUCCAGAAAUACUUUGCUCCUCGAUUCCCCGAGGCCAGCAAGCUCGGCAACGAAAUGAUGAAGACCAUCCUUGAGAAGACCGGACAUUCAUGA